AUGGCCGACGCCUUUUAUGCCCUCGUGACUGGCGCGAAUAGCGGCAUAGGCUUUGCCAUCUGCUGUCGCCUGAUUGACGAAUUCCUGCAAACCCGCCCGCAGUCUCAGACCCUUGUCUUGAUUCCCACCACGCGAAGCCGCCGCAAAUGCGAUGAUACCGUCAGCCUGCUGGAGGCCCACCUCCAGAAGGCCUCGACCAAGGCCGAGAAGUCCAUCCCGGGCAUCAGCAUCGUCCUGCAGAAACGCGUCCGAUUCCAGCCCGAGAUCCUCGACCUGUGCUCCAUCUCAUCCGUACAACAAUGUGCCAACAGGCUAAAGACGGCCAUCCCAAAACUGGACGCUAUGAUAUUCAACGCAGGCAUAGGCGGAUGGACGGGCGUCAAUUGGCCCUGGGCCAUCUACAAGAUUCUCACCGACUGGGUCGCCUCCACCACCUGGCCCAUUGGCUUCAAGAAUGCAGAGAUCGGCCUGGUCACUAAGCCGCAAAGCGGAGCCACCGAGCCGCUGCUGGGCGAAGUCUUUUGUGCGAACGUCUUCGGCCACUACCUCUUGGGACACUACUGUGCUCCCCUGCUUUCGGCAGCUCGCCCUGCCAGCGGCCGCAUCAUCUGGAUCUCAAGUCUCGAGGCUUACGCAUCCGAGUUCUCCCUGGCCGAUUUCCAGGGUCUCAAGUCCGACCAGCCGUACGAAUCGUCGAAGCGGUUGACCGAUCUCCUUGCCUUGACCUACGACUGUCCGUCCACCCGCCCUUGGACUUCACGAUACACGGCCGCCGCACCCGACGAGAAGAGACCGAGCAUGUAUCUGUCGCAUCCGGGAAUAGUUGUCACUGGCAUCUUCCCGCUCCCAUUCCCCUGGUUGAUGACAUACUUGUGGAUGCUUGCGGCCUAUAUCGCCCGUUGGUUGGGUAGCCCCUGGCACCCCACGCGGCCGUACCCAGCGGCGGUGGCUCCGGUCUGGCUGGCGCUGGCCUCACAGGAGACGCUAGACGAGACAGAAGCGCACGAGGGAAAGGGCAAAUGGGGCAGUUCGACUGACCGCGCCGGCCACGAGAGGGUAGCGCGCACCGAGGUCGAAGGCUGGGGCUGGGGCGGGAUUGUGGGAGAGGCUACGAAUAGGAAAGGACGGAGACGAGGCGCGGUCGAUCUCAAGGAGGGGGACAGGGAGGAGUUCGAGGAGCUGGGGAGGACGUGUUGGAAGGAGAUGGAGGAGCUGAGGGAGCAGUGGGAAGGGAGAGUGGUUUGA